CUGGGUGGGCCACACCCCCAGCACUUGCCCCCCGGGGGCGCUGCGCUUUGUGACCGAUGCUUGUAAGACUCCCUCCGACCGCCACCUCGAGGGGGCCGGCUAUACGUAGUAGAAAUAGGGCAGCAUCCAGAAAUUCCCGCCUCGACUUCGGCGGAGAAGAAGCUGGAGUGCUGCAGCCAGCCUUGCCCCCGCCACUACAUGCAAGAUUCACCCCUGCUGUCUCCGCUGCCCUUCCCAGGUUUCCUCCUGCUCCUUCCCGCUGGGACCGGCUGACCGGCUUCCCCAUUGUUAGUGCCUGUUUGUGAAAGGAAGCCAACCCGGUGCCAAAGGAGCAGGCCCGUCCCAGGACUUCCUUGUUGGGCUGCCGCUGCCACCUUUGGUUCUUCUUGCAGGGCUGGCACAAGGGAGCUUUCCUUCUGCCAACCAGUCACUGGCAAUCUUGGUGGGCAGGUGCAGCUCCAGGUGAGGGCAAGAGGUGGAGAUGAAAAGCACCAGUGUUUGGAGCUACAGCAAAACCCAGAAGUUGGCAUCUGGUUUUGAUGCCUUGAGUCUUUUGAAUGAACUUUGACUAGACACUAGCCAGGACAAAACCCUUGGGUCAGUUGAGGUGACCAAUUUCUGGGUACCCCUCUCCAAAGAGAUAACAGCUCCUAGGAACCAAAUGCAACAGACUAUGAGUUGUCAUCUUCCGGCUGUAAUAACACAAAUUAAUGUUCUUUCGACUUUGGAAGCAUUUGAACUUUGGUACUGUAUAGACUUCUGACCUCAUCUGAAUGGAUCACCUUGGUAAUGCUCGCAAGUUUCAAACAGAGAUAAGGUAUAUAAAAUGCGGCCUCUGUGGCCUUGUUUUGCUGCAAGAAGCCUUCAAAUUAAGUAAUAGAAAUCUGAAAGGUAUCUAUUGGGGGCAGGGCACUCACUUGGCAGCAUCGUCAGUCUCUCAUAUUAGUCGAGUUAAUAGUUGUUACUCCAGUUGAUCCUUUCUUCACAACAGCAUGUAAGACAGCAUCCCAAAAGUUGUGUCCACUUUCAAAACAGGGCACUUGCCAGAUGAACCAGCCAUGACUUAUUUUUCUUCUUGGAUAAAUAAAAGCCAGCAGACUCAUCAUUUCUGGAGUAGCAGCAGCAGCAGCCUCCUGAACAUAACAUCCACUCAGGUGCAUUUUCUCCCAGGCUGUUGUCCGUAAAGUAAUAAAGAGGAAUUCUCCCUCACCUCCCUGCUGCUGAAUUGGAGCAGGAAGGGGUUAAGAAACAGUAUUGCAGAAAUUGAAGUCAGACAGUGUGUGAGAGAAAGAAGAUCGGCUGAUGAAACAUUAACUCGCCUGACCUCCUUUGCAGCCCAGGAGUCAGAAAUGCUCUCCUUUAGUAACCAUUCUGCCGGUGGAAAGUUCGCCUGUCGGAUGCCGCCCUGGAGGGGGACGGAGCCAUCAUGGAGAGCGAUGAUGGAAGCCGCACUGCAUGUCCACAUGUGCCUUUGGCUGAUCCCGGCCUGGAUCCCUUUGCUGUUGCCAAAUGGAUUUGCCUGGGGAGCAAAAGUGCCUCGUGGGGCCGAGCCCUGCCAGGCAGCCCACUGCCGCGGGGAGCUGACGUGGGCAGUGCAUUUGACGGUGCCAGAGGGAUCCCCUUCCUCUGAGGAGGAGCUGGACUGGCGGGCAGAAGAACUGGCCAAGGAGGCCGGCCUCGUGAACAUUGGCCGGAUCGGGGAGCUCAGAGGCCACUACCUCUUUGGCUACCAGCUGGCAAGCCCAGCGGGCCUCGGCCUGGAGGCCAUCCAGCGGUCAGCGGAGGCGGUCUUUGCACAGCAUGACAGCGUGAGGUGGCACGCCGAGCAGCGGUUUCUGAAACGCUCCAAGCGCAGCUUGCACUUUAACGACCCCAAGUUUCCGCAGCAGUGGCACUUGAACAACCGCAAGAGCCCCGGGAUGGACAUCAAUGUGACGGGCGUCUGGGAAAGGAAUGUCACCGGCCAGGGCGUAACAGUGGUCGUGGUGGAUGACGGGGUGGAGCACACCAUCAAAGACAUUAAGCCCAACUACAGCCCUGAAGGCAGCUAUGACUUGAACUCCAACGACCCAGACCCCAUGCCCCACCCGGACGAGGAAAACGGCAACCAUCACGGGACCCGUUGUGCUGGGGAGAUUGCAGCCGUCUCCAACAACAGCUUCUGUGCUGUGGGAGUUGCCUAUGGCAGCAGGAUCGCAGGGAUCCGGGUGCUGGAUGGGCCGCUCACUGACAGCAUGGAGGCUGUGGCUUUCAACAAGCACUAUCAAAUCAACGACAUCUACAGCUGCAGCUGGGGCCCUGAUGACGAUGGCAAAACCGUGGAUGGUCCUCACCAGCUUGGGAAGGCCGCUUUGCAGCACGGGGUGAUGGCCGGCCGCCAGGGCUUUGGCAGUAUCUUUGUGGUGGCCAGUGGGAACGGAGGGCAGCACAAUGACAAUUGCAACUAUGAUGGCUACGCCAACUCCAUCUACACCGUCACCAUUGGUGCAGUGGAUGAGAUGGGGUACAUGCCCUUUUAUGCUGAGGAGUGUGCCUCCAUGCUGGCUGUGACUUUCAGCGGGGGGGACAAGAUGAUGAGGAGCAUUGCAACCACAGACUGGGAUUUGCAGAGGGGCACCGGGUGCACGGAGGGGCACACCGGCACCUCUGCUGCAGCCCCCCUGGCUGCUGGCAUGAUCGCCCUGAUGCUGCAGGUGCGCCCCUGUCUCACCUGGCGGGACGUCCAGCACAUCAUCGUCUUCACAGCCACCAAGUAUGAAGACAACCGGGCCAGCUGGGAUGUCAACCAGGCCGGCUUCAGCCACAGUCACCAGCACGGGUUUGGCUUGCUGAACGCUUGGAGGCUGGUCAACGCAGCCAAGAUCUGGGAGUCAGUCCCUUACCUGGCCUCCUACGUCAGUCCCACCUUGAAGGAGAGCAAAACCAUCCCCAUGGCACCACAGCAGCUGGAGGUCACCUGGAAUGUCACAGAAGCUGACCUGGAGCUCUCGGGGAUGAGGACCCUGGAGCACGUGGCUGUGACCGUCACCAUCACCCACCCCCGGCGUGGCAACCUGGACAUCCGCCUCCUCUGUCCCAGCGGCAUAAAGUCUUGGAUCGGGACGCCGCGCAGCAUGGACUCGGAUCCCAGUGGCUUUGCGGACUGGACCUUCUCCACCGUGCGUUGCUGGGGUGAGGAGGCGCAGGGCACCUACCGCCUCUUGAUCCGGGAUGUUGGGGACGAGACCCUGGGGGCUGGAGUGCUGAAGCACUGGCAGCUGACUCUGUACGGAUCCUCGUGGGCCCUUGCCGAGAUCAAGGAGCGACAGAGGCUGGUUGAAGAGGCCAUGAGUGGGCGAUACCUGGACGGCGAUUUUUCCUUGCCCUGCCCACCAGGCCUGCAGAUCCCUGCACAGGAGCCUUACACCAUCACCACCAACACCCUCAAGACCCUGAUGCUGCUGGGCUGCUUUGCUGUCUUCUGGACCUUCUAUUACAUGCUGGAGGUGUUUCUGAUGCGCCACAGCAUGACCUUUGACCUGGCUGCCUGCAGCAACGCCAUGGCCUGCCCGUGGUCCUCGGAAGGCAGGACAGCCAAGAGCCUGGAGGAUGGGCUAGAGAUGGAGGAGACCGUCCCCCUGUAUGGAGGGAAGGAGCUGGAGCCAGAGCAGCAACCAUCCUGCCUGGGGGUGGAGGAGGCGGCGAGAGUGGCGGCUGGAGCUGUGGGCACCCCAAGACCAUCGGCAGGGAGAGGCUUGCUGAACCUCCCAGAGCAAGAGCAGGCUACCUCACCCGGGGUCUACUGACUGCUGGCAGAGAGCCCUGGACACGCGAACUGAACCAGUGCUUGCCCUGGGUUUGGCGCACAGGGAGGAAGUCUGGCCGACAGAAGCAUCUCUCUGCGGGUAGCCCAGCUUGCCCCUAACCCUGGCCCCUUCUUGUAUUUGGGGGCCACCGCCUGUGCCGUCUCACAGGAGGAGUAUUCCAGAAAGGAGCUUUGUGCCAUGGGAUUGCCAGGGUGCCUGUGGCUGGCACAGAGGCUGAGCCUUGCCCAGGGGUGGGCAGCCUUAUUCAGUGUCUGCGGUGAGGACGGAGGAAUGCUCCUCCUAUCCUGGGGCUGAGAUCUGGGGGUGUGCCAAGAGGGUGGGGUGCAGAGGAAGCCUGCCCCUGCAGUGCCCCGGUGCUCCCACAAACUUUGCGGAAAGGAGCCUGUGGGCUCUCAACCAACUCGCUGCCUUAUCUUGCUGCCAAGUGGCACAGCAGACCCUGGGCUGGCCGGUGCCCCCCGUCUGCCAGCCUUCUCACACUGUCCCAGUGCCCCCCUCCUGCAUCGCCUGCCUUGCUGCUGACGAAUGGCAAAGAGGAGCCGCUUUCGGGGGCCUUCCUCCACCACUGGAACCUAAAAGGGUAUCAUUCAAUGCACUUCCUUUCUGUACAUGUAUCCUGACACAUCCAGGAUCAGCAGCAGGGCAUUUGCAGCUUUCCAUGGAGUUGAGGGCUGGGUGGAGGCAAUCGCUUGCGACCACGUCAACGAACGAAACAGUCUUCGGUGGCAGCUGCAUGAGCCGUUCUCCUGCUGGGGCGGCGGCUUCUGUUUCUGCUGUGACCCACAUCCCAUUGAGAAGAAACGACAUGUAUGUCUUCUGUAGGCUGAAGAAGUGAGCCCUUUGUGUCACUCCCAAAGUCAUCCAGCUUUGCAGGGAUGGGUGGGUAAUUAUUAUUUUCUAAAUCAGUUGGGCGUGUUUUUUUUAAUUAACAGCAAAAAGCUUUUCUUUGCAGCUUUCCAAUAAACCCAUUAAAAUAUGC